AUGCACCUUCUCUUGAAAUUAAUAUUUAUUUAUAUUAACAAGAAGCCUCAUCAUACAACACUACUAGCAAAAAUGCUGCUGAUUCAAAAGACCGGUAACUUCUUUCACAAAACAGUUGAGAACCUUAAAUCUUUCUUCCUUGUUGGAUACCGAAAGCUAUCCAAACCACCCCUCCCAGACCCCUUCUUUUGCACUGGUAGCUACAGAAAAAAGCACCCAAAAGAUCUAUUAUACACUGACUUUUGUAACAACUGGGAAGUUGAUUUAGAGAAGGCAAAGAUGAGAAAAAAGAACGAUCUCAUGACAUUGAAAGAGCAAAUGAGGGAAGAAGAUGAAUGUAGUGGAAACUUCAUGAACUUUGCAGAUAAGAGUCCAGUAAAGAACAAAAAGAAAAAUGGAGGGAAAGAGGAGGAAAGGAAAGUGGGAAGUUUACCAUUGAGUAAGGGAGAGGAUCAAUAUUAUUACAAGAGGAAUGGAGGAAGUUAUGCAUUAGCACAAAAGAUGAAGGAAUUGGAGAUGAUGGAUGUUGGUGGUAUGGAACAUGUAUUGGAUGUGGAAGAGGCGCUCCAUUAUUAUUCUCGGCUUAAAAGUCCAGUGUACCUUUCUAUUGUUGACAAGUUUUUCAUGGACAUGUACUCAGAAUUCUCUGUUCCACAGGCCUCUGCCAGCAUCAACGGUUCAAAGCAAAGAUUCGGAUCAGUUAGGUUGUAGAUCAUGUCUCCCACACCUUUUCUUGUGCAUAUCAAUCUGUUUUCUUAUACUAGAUUC